AUGGACGACCGUGACUUGGAGGACGACGACAGGGAUGCAUUGGCAGGAUUAUCAAACUUCCCGCCUGUGCCCAAAAAAACUCAAUCGUAUAGCCAACAACUGCGUACAAGCACAGGAUCACAUCACAAGAAACAUCGCCAAGUGCGAAAACACAGCUUAGAUGAUGCUAAAACCAUCGGCAUUGCCAGCAGUAAUAGUUACAGCUAUUUCUUGGAGAAUUCAUCUGAUGAUGAUGAUGAUUUCUACCCCUAUUCCACCACUGUUGGCUCUGCUUCUUGUAACGCGGACUAUAAUAUUAAUCACAGGAUUGAUGGAUUGUCAAUGGGGGAUGGUGGUGGCUCUGAGGAAUACGUACAAUAUCAGCAUCAGCAUCCGCCGCAGAACUACCAACCAUUGCCGGAGUUUAUGGGGAGUGGGGGUGGAGUGGGGAUUUUCAAGGUGCCUACUCGGGCCGCGGUGCACCCGGGCCGCCCUCUUUGCCUUGAGCUUAGACCACAUCCCCUUAGAGAAACUCAGGUUGGGAGGUUUGUCAGAACAAUUGCUUCCACAGACACAGAACUAUGGGCAGGUCAAGAAUGUGGUGUAAGAGUUUGGAAUCUAUCAGAUGCGUACAAGCCAGGAAGUGGAUUAGGAGGAAGAACAAGGAGAGGGGAUGAGGAUGCAGCACCCUUUUAUGAAUCGGUAAAUACUUCCCCAGCACUCUGUCUGAUGGUGGAUCCAGGGACAAAGUUGGUUUGGAGCGGGCAUAAGGAUGGUAAGAUUAGGUCCUGGAGGAUGGACCAGCAGCAUUCAGAUGAUACACCUUUCAAGGAAGGUCUUUCUUGGCAGGCUCAUCGUGGUCCUGUUCUUUCCAUGGUUUUUUCUUCUUAUGGUGACAUCUGGUCAGGCUCUGAGGGCGGCAUUAUAAAGGUCUGGCCUUGGGAAGCAGUUGAAAAAUCUCUGUCUCUAUCCCCAGAAGAAAGGCACAUGGCUGCUUUAUUGGUAGAGCGAUCGUCUGUUGACCUUAGAAGCCAAGUUACAGUGAAUGGCGUAUGCAACAUUUCAUCUUCAGACAUAAAAUGUUUGUUAUCCGAUAAUCUCAGAGCCAGAAUCUGGGCAGCGGCCUCUUUGUCAUUUUCAUUGUGGGAUGCUCGCACAAGAGAACUUAUCAAAGUAUACAACGUAGAAGGUCAGAUUGAGAAUCGAGUUGACAUGUCUUCAGUACAAGACCAAGUAGUUGAAGAUGAGAUGAACGUUAAAUUUGUGUCCAAAUCAAAGAAAGAAAAAUCCCAGAAUAGCUUCUUGCAACGGUCACGUAAUGCUAUCAUGGGAGCAGCAGAUGCUGUUCGACGUGUUGCAACAAAGGGUGCAGGUGCAUUUGUCGAUGAUACUAAGAAAACAGAAGCUAUAGUGCUUGCUGCAGAUGGGGUUAUUUGGACUGGAUGUUCAAAUGGUUUACUUGUGCAGUGGGAUGGAAAUGGGAACCGUUUGCAAGAUUUCAUUCACCAUCCUUGUGCUGUACUAAGCUUUUGCACAUAUGGCUCACGGAUAUGGGUUGGCUAUGUAAGUGGCAUGGUCCAAGUUUUUGACCUUGAUGGAAAUUUACUUGCAAGUUGGGUGGCUCACAAUGGCCCUGUCAUAAAAAUGGUAGUAGGCAAUGGUUAUGUUUUUAGCAUGGCAAAUCAUGGCGGUAUACGCGGGUGGAAUAUAGCCUCUCCUGGGCCUAUUGAUAACAUUUUACGACCAGAAUUAGCUGAGAAAGAAGACAUGUACACAACACAAGAAAAUCUCAGAAUUUUAGUUGGUACAUGGAAUGUUGGUCAAGGAAGAGCCUCUCAGGAUGCACUUAUGGCAUGGCUGGGUUCUGCAGUGUCAGAUGUUGGCAUUGUAGUUGUGGGAUUGCAAGAAGUGGAAAUGGGUGCUGGUUUUCUCGCAAUGUCUGCAGCAAAAGAAACUGUAGGACUUGAAGGAAGUUCUAUCGGUCAAUGGUGGCAGGAUGCUAUAGGAAAGACCCUGGAUGAAGGAUCAACAUUUGAGCGUGUGGGGUCAAGGCAGCUGGCUGGCUUGCUUAUAGCUAUCUGGGUGAGGAGGACUCUCAGAACGCAUGUUGGGGAUCUAGAUGUCGCAGCAGUAGCCUGUGGAUUAGGUCGUGCCAUCGGUAAUAAGGGUGGCGUGGGGCUGAGGUUGAGAGUAUUUGAUCGCAUAAUGUGUUUUGCCAAUUGUCAUUUAGCUGCACAUUUGGAAGCUGUCAACCGCCGCAAUGCUGAUUUUGACCAUAUAUUUCGAACAAUGACUUUCUCCCGUUCUAGCCCUCUUACUAAUGCUGCUGGUAUGCUGCCGUUCCUGUUUGUCUGUUGCUCUCUUAUCUUCUCCACGUAUUUAUUUUGGCUGCUUUAUUCUUCUGGAUUUCCAUGGAUCCUCUCUGUUGCAGCUGGUGUCUCAUCUGCUGCCCAAAUGCUUCGGGGUCCAAAUGCAGCUGCAGUUAACCCAGAAGAAGGGAAACCUGAUCUUGCUGAUGCUGACUUGGUUAUGUUCUGUGGUGAUUUCAAUUAUCGCCUUUUUGGGAUAUCUUACGAUGAAGCAAGAGACUUUGUUUCUCAAAGAAGUUUUGAUUGGCUUCGCGAAAAAGAUCAGUUAAGAGCAGAAAUGAAAGCUGGUAAAGUUUUUCAAGGCAUGCGUGAGGCCCUUAUUAGAUUUCCUCCAACCUAUAAAUUUGAAAGGGGAAAGGCAGGUUUAGGAGGAUAUGACUCGGGUGAGAAAAAAAGAAUUCCGGCAUGGUGUGAUAGGGUACUAUACAGAGACAGUAGGGCUGCUCCAGCAGAGGAGUGCAGUUUAGAGUGCCCUGUAGUUGCUUCCGUUGUGCAGUAUGAGGCUAUCAUGGACGUAACAGAAAGUGAUCACAAACCCGUACGAUGCAAGUUGAAUGUUGACAUUUCUCAUGUUGAUAGAUCAAUACGAAGACAAGAGUUUGGGAGAAUUUUUGAAUCCAAUGCCAAUGUCAGGGCGUGCUUAGAUGAACUGCGUUUUGUUCCAGAAACCAUUGUCAGCACUGACAGGAUUGUGCUUCAAAAUCAAGACACGUUCAAUUUGAGAAUAGCCAACAAAAGUGGCAAAGACAAUGCUUUCUUCCAAAUUGCAUGUGAAGGUCAAUCCACCAUCAAGGAGGAUGAGCAACCAUCAGGUUAUCGCCCCAGAGGUUCCUUUGGUCUCCCUCGUUGGCUUGAGGUCACACCUGCUGCAGGUGUAUUGAAGCCUGAUCAAAUUGCUGAGAUCUCAAUACACCACGAGGAAUUCCACACCUUGGAGGAGUUUGUUGACGGGAUUCCUCAAAGCUGGUGGUCUGAAGACACCAGAGACAAGGAAGUGCUCUUGUUAAUCAAUGUACAAGGAAGCCGCUCACUGGUGACAGGAACUCACAGAAUACACGUGCGCCAUUGCUUCACUUCUAAUACUGUUCGUCUUGACUCAAAAAGCAACUAUGCUAGGAAACACUCAGGAAGUGCUCAUUCAAGAUCGUUGCCAAAACAUGCUGGUGCUACCUCUGAUACAAUUGAUGACCAUCGCAGCUUACGUGGUCCUUAAGCCUAAAUGAAUGAAAGAAUUCAGACAACAAAGUGUAUAGAUGAACUAGGCAGUUUUUGAUGAAAUGAUAUCCAGUCUAGCAACACAUUUCCUACAGCCUUCUUCACUAGAUAGCAUUGUGGUGUAAAUAUUCGGACUAUAGGCUUAGAUCUUGAUCUCAUGUUCACUAAGUUCCAUUUCAAAGUUCCAAAA